GGCUCAGGAUGGCCAUUUCCUCCCAGUCCAUCAGCCUUGCAGACGCUUUCAUCGGAGCAACAGUCGACUCUGUUCUGGACGGCGUGAACGCUAAACCGGAUCUUUUCCCAGAAAACUCAAAGGAUGUUCCAGACAUCAACUUCUUCUAUCGGUCAACACAAGUAACGGCUUCAUGUGAUCAGGGUCGCAGUUCAGUCAUCACUGUUCGCUGCAACCCCGAGAAGUCUGAACGAGGAGCGCUCUCUGUGCCCAGCUCCUGUCCUGCAGGAACAUGCAAUGGAUGUACGUUUCACUUCCUGUGGGAGAGCGCCAGCGCCUGUCCACGCUGCGCCGAGGACGACUACCACCGGAUAGAGGGAGCGUGCAAGAGAGGCGUCCAGGAGACUCUGUUUGUGUGGAACGAACCAAAGCUGUGCACCAAAGGUGUAUCAUUGCCUCCCAGAAGAUCCUCUGGGUGUGAGGCCAUCGCUCUGUGGCUGAAGGUCGGGGUUGGGGGCGGAGCCUUCGUGGCCGUGCUGCUCAUCUCUCUCACCUGCUAUUUCUGGAAGAAAAACAAAAGGCUGGAGUACAAGUACUCUCGUCUGGUGAUGUCUGCCAACAAGGAGUGUGAGCUGCCAGCUGCAGACAGCUGUGCUCUGGCUGAAGGGGAGGAACCCGACGAUGACGUGGUCUACACCAAGAAACCCACCCUGCUGGGGAAACUCCGGGCCAUAGCCAACAAGCACGAGAGUGGAGAGAGCUGCGAGUCUGUGCAGCUGAACUCGUCCCAGUGUGAUCGAUGGGUCCUGGGAUAAACGGACGGCAGCAGAGAGAGAGAGUCAAAUCAUGGAGGAACAGUCAGGCAGAGAGUGUCAGUCACUGACCUCCUUAUGUGUCCUUUGCCUGCCCUUCGUUGUGUGUGUGUGUGUGUGGGGGGGGGGGGGGGAGGCACCGAAAUAGACCUCAGUUUUCACUGGAAAUGUUUUGCCGCCCGGAAGCUGGAUAACACACAGGAAACACAACUCCUGCUUUAAUGCUACGGAUGCUCAAGGAUGCUGAAAGAGAAACAUACUUUUAAUGGUUUUUGUAUGUUUUGUAUUUUUAUUUGGUCCUUUCUGUUCAGAGUCAUGUAUUUAUAUUAAUGUUAUCAUGAUGAACCUUUAUUAAAGUCCUCUUUGACUUUGGGA